UCGCAGCGCGGAGGACGCCGGGCGCACGGGACCGGCGCCGCGAGGGCGCGUUAUUCCUGCCUCAUGCCGUGAGUGAGGCGUGAAUACCGGAACCCCCACGCUGUUAUCCCCCUUUCAGUUUUCAUCCGUGUCCGCUCCGUGGAGGGCGGUGGCGUUUGCAUCUGCCAGCUGAGUUUCCUCCAAUGUGGAGGACCAGCUGACUGACGGGUGAGAGUGGAGAGUCUAUGGAAACGCGUAUUGGGGAGUCAUGUAUGUGCAGAUGCCCCCUGGCAGGGCUCUUCUCGUGUGCAGGCUGGUGCGUAUUUGCGCAGCUUGUCUUGAGCAUCAGCCACACAAGGCAACACGCAGCUCAACGAGACUCUCAAAGCAACCCAGAUGCCUCAGAACCUUUUCAGUGGGCCAAAACCACUGGAACGACAAUGAGGAGGCUAACUCGGACUCCCCACCCCUGGGCCCUGGCACCACUACCCGCCUGGGGAGGUUGCCAUCCCGGAGGAGGCAGCCCCUGUCCCCCCUGGAAAGGGUCAGCCGCCUGCUGCCGCAGGGCUCCCUGAGCCCGGAGGUGACGCAGCUCAGAGAACAAACCCAGCAGGAACCUGAACCUGACUUGGACGUCCAGAAAGGUGACGCCGCCGUGGACUCCUCAGCCGCACCCCGCCAUAGCCAUUUGUCUGGACACCCUGACUCAUUUGACACAGCUGCCCAGACAAAUGGUCUGGAGAGCCACGGGAAUGGCACCCUCCCCCACCCGGAGGAGCGCGCGCCAGCCACUCUUCCCGGGAGCACCUUGCUUAAAUUCGGGGAGCUUCUCGUCGCCGAAUACCGCAAGAAGAGGCAGGUGGAGUUCCGAAAGAUGUUCCAGCUUCAGGAGGGAGCCCGUCUGCACAGCAACUGGGGGACUGUUCUGCACAAUGACGUGGCGGGCCAACCCUCAGGCCGGUUCCUGAAGACCACUCUGGGGAUGCCCAUCCUCAUGCGCCGUGCCAGUCUGGAGGACUAUGUUCUGUAUAUGAAGAGGGGGCCAGCCAUCGCCUACCCAAAGGAUGUAAGUGCCAUGCUGAUGAUGAUGGAUGUCACAGAAGGAGACUGUGUGUUGGAGUCAGGCUCUGGAUCAGGAGCCAUGUCACUAUUCUUGUCCCGAGCAGUGGGCUCCAAGGGCCGUGUGCUGAGUGUAGAGAUCAGGGAGGACCACCACAUCAGAGCGGUGCAAAACUACGAUCGAUGGCGUGCAUCGUGGGGCAUCCGACGGGAGGAGGAGUGGCCCAACAAUGUCCAGUUCCAUAAGGCAGACCUCUCCAAGGCUUCCUCGCUCCUCUCGGGCUGGGGAUUUCAUUCGGUUGCCCUCGACAUCCUCAACCCUCAUUUGGUGUUACCCACUGUAAUACCCCAUCUCCACCCCGGGGCUGUCUGUGCUGUCUACCUUGCUAAUAUAACACAGACCAUUGACCUCAUGGAGGGGCUCCGCUGUUCAAAUCUGCCCCUGCUGUGCGAACGCAUCAUUGAGGUACCAGUCCGCGACUGGCUUGUCGUCUCAGCUCUGCAGAAGGACGGACAGUACUGUGCCAGGAAGCGCCCCAUCACAGAUGAAGAAAAGGAGGAGGAGAAUGAAGGGUCCGAUAAGGAUGAGGAAGAAGAGUUGCACACCAAGAAGCAGCCACCAUUUGGAAGUGUCCCCUACAUUGCCAGACCUCACCCAGAACAAAUGAGCCACACAGCGUUCCUGAUGAGACUGAGGAAAUGCGCCUGGUAGCUGCCCUGCCUGUGAGCAUCCCAGGAAAUAGAAGCAUUGUUUUGUAGUUUGACCAAUCAAAUAAAACCAAAUUAUCAGCCCACUGCCGUGUGUUGGGAUGAUUCAGGAGCACGGAGAUCAGUGUGUUGAUGGAUUUUUCACACCGCCGG